CCACAAUCUCUCUCUCUCUCUCUCUCUCUCUCUCUCUCUCUCCUACCGAAGCAAAAAUCACUCCCUUCUGUAUUUGCAACAUAGCAUUUUUUUUUUAUUUGAAGGGCAACAUAGCAAUUGACGAACAGUCAAAACUAAAGAAAACCCAUUAAGAAUCUACUGGGAAGAAAGAAAGCGGGUGAUUCAAUUUCUUCCUCAAGUUUGUGGUUGUGGUCUGUGCAGAAGAACAUGUCUAGUUUUGUGGGUGUUCAUGUCUCUGAUCAAUGGCUUCAAAGCCAGUUCACACAAGUAGAACUUCGCAGCCUCAACUCCAAAUUUAUUUCAACAAAGAAACAGAAUGGGAAAGUUACAGUUGGAGAUUUGCCACCUUUAAUGGUUGAACUUAAAGCUUUCAGUGAGAUGUUUAAGGAGGAGGAGAUUAGAGAUAUAUUGGGUGAGUCAGGCUCUGCUAAGGAAGAUGAGAUCGAUUUCGAAGGCUUCUUGAGGACAUAUUUGAAUUUGCAAGCUCGAGCUGCAGCAAAAUUGGGUGGUCCGAAGAACCCAUCUUCGUUCCUUAAGGCUACCACAACCACCCUUCUUCACACUAUUAGUGAAUCAGAAAAAGCAUGUUAUGUUGCUCACGUCAACAGCUAUCUCAGGGAUGAUCCUUUUUUGAAGCAAUUUCUUCCUAUGGAUCCAGCUACAAAUGCCCUAUUUGAUCUUGCUAAAGAUGGAGUUCUUUUAUGUAAGCUUAUCAAUGUUGCUGUGCCGGGUACAAUAGACGAACGAGCUAUCAACACCAAAAGGGUGCUAAAUCCCUGGGAAAGGAAUGAAAAUCAUACCCUUUGUCUCAACUCUGCAAAGGCUAUUGGUUGCACUGUAGUUAACAUUGGUACCCAAGACCUGGUCGAAGGAAGACCACAUCUGGUGCUCGGGUUGAUUAGUCAAAUUAUAAAGAUCCAACUCUUGGCAGAUCUCAAUCUUAGGAAAACACCGCAACUUGUGGAAUUGGUGGAAGACAACAAUGAUGUUGAGGAGCUUAUGGUAUUAGCUCCGGAAAAGGUCUUGUUGAAGUGGAUGAAUUUCCACCUCAAGAAAGCCGGCUACAAGAAAACUGUAACAAACUUCUCAUCUGACUUAAAGGAUGGAGAAGCUUAUGCUUACCUGCUUAAUGUUCUUGCACCAGAACAUUGCAGUCCAGCCACUUUAGAUGCAAAGGAUCCUGCUCAAAGGGCUGAUUUGGUGCUUGAACAUGCUGAGAGAAUGGACUGCAAAAGAUACUUAACCCCAAAGGACAUUGUUGAAGGCUCAACAAAUUUGAAUCUUGCGUUUGUGGCACAGAUAUUCCAUCAAAGGAAUGGCCUAUCUGCAGACAACAGAAAAUUUUCUUUUGCAGAGAUGAUGACGGAUGAUGAGCAAAUAUCUAGAGAAGAAAGAUGCUUUCGACUAUGGAUCAAUAGUCUUGGAAUUACGACUUACGUUAAUAACUUGUUUGAGGAUGUCAGAAAUGGAUGGAUACUUUUGGAAGUGCUAGACAAAGUUUCUCCGGGGUCGGUUAACUGGAAACAAGCAACAAAACCUCCUAUUAAAAUGCCGUUCAGAAAAGUGGAGAACUGCAACCAAGUUAUUAGGAUAGGAAAGCAACUAAAAUUGUCCCUUGUGAAUAUUGCAGGAGACGAUAUUGUACAAGGGAAUAAGAAACUCCUACUUGCUUUCCUGUGGCAGUUGAUGCGGUUUAAUAUGCUUCAACUUCUGAAGAACUUGAGGUCCCGCUCUCAAGGUAAGGAGUUUACCGAUGCUGAUAUUCUGAACUGGGCCAACAAUAAAGUGAAGAUCACAGGAAGAACUUCUCACAUGGAUAGUUUUAAGGAUAAGAACCUUUCAAACGGAUUAUUCUUUCUUGAACUUCUCAGCGCUGUCGAGCCUAGGGUUGUCAAUUGGAACCUUGUAACCAAGGGUGAAAGUGAUGAGGAGAAGAAAUUGAAUGCCACAUACAUAAUCAGUGUUGCCCGAAAGCUUGGAUGUUCCAUUUUCUUGUUGCCUGAGGACAUCAUGGAGGUAAAUCAAAAGAUGAUCCUAACGCUUACAGCCAGCAUAAUGUAUUGGAACCUUCAACAACCAGUUGAAGAGUCCGAAUCAUCACCAUCACUAUCCGCUUCUACUGCUGCUUCUAUUAAUGGAGAAGAUGAGAGUUCCCAGAGUGAUGAAGUCUCCAACUUGACAAUGGAUGAUGCAGCGUCCGAUACAACAGUCUCAUCACAGGUUGAAAAUGAGGUCACCUCCGGGGCUUCCAUUUAUAGAGUCUUGUCACUGGUUCAAACUAGGGCACUCCUCUAACCAGUGAUCCUAGAGUCUCCUCGCUUGUCGAAAAGGUUGACACUUAUUGCCCCCCUGAUGCCGGAAAUGAACACUUGCAGGUCUUUUCACUCUACAGGAUUUAGCCGUAGGAAAAUUUUGAAACUAAAGAGAAAAUGAGAGGAAUAGAAGAAGUUACAUUGUCAUUGGUUAGGUGGGUAAGAUGGUGAAUGAUCUUUUCUCAAGCAAAGAUAUACAACCAUAGAAUACAGUGCUUGUGAUCCAAGAAGAGAAAAUUGACUUUUGUAUAGUCUGUUGCUUUUUCCC